CUUCAGCGGCCGCCAUGAGGCGCGCUGAGUUCGACACGUCUCACGCAGUCGUGCUCACCUCUUUAGGCCCUUUGGGGAAGCGGAAGUCGCGGGCGGAGGUUUUGGUUUUUGCUGGCACGCACGUAACCAGGAAACCAGGGAGCUACAAGGAGCCCGGCUGCAACACGACCUUUGGAAGCUGCUAAGCUUGGUGCUGGCGCCGGGGUCCCAGCCUCCGGCUCCUGAGGAAUGAAAAUUCCUUCUUGCCUCACGUUCAAAGUCGCCCCAGGCUUGGCUCUGUCCCUCAAGGCCCUGGACGUUUAGGGAGGAAAGCGGAAGCUGGGGUGGGGGGCGACGGGGGAGGGCAGGCGGAGGGGCUGCUAAGGUGAGCUAAGGGGACGGGUUUUCCCGCAGGGACUGCCCCACCCUAAGCCCCAGCUCCAGCACCCCUCUCGCCUUUGUCCAGGGUCACGGCCUCCCGGGAUUGAACAUCUGGUUUAAAUGGUUUAUCAAACCCCACCCUUUCGGGGUUAACAUGAUACCACGUCCGUUCUGGGAAUGAUGUAAAACGAGCCAACCACUGUAACGUGUCCCCUCUUGGAGAGUGCCCAUCCUGUUAUCACCUUAAUCUCUUCAUCUGAAGCAUCCAGUGCCCUAUUGUUCAGCGGCUGCAGCAGGUUAAUCUCGGAAGACUUGGAUGGUCCUCCCCAAAUCUUCUUUUAAGCUACAGCAACAGAAACCCUGUGGAGUAUUGUACCCACAGAAGACAACAAUACCCACUGUGGAGACAGGAUGAAGUUGACCAGUGAAAAGUUGCCCAAGAACCCCUUUUAUACUUCUCUAUCCCACUAUGCUACUAAGAACCAAAAACUCUUCCAAUGGAGAAAGGAAAAGACUGAUCAUUACAGCCAUGCUAGUUUGGUGGAUAAGGCCUUGCACCUCUUGAAGGAAAGAAUAAGAAGAGGGGAUACUCUGGCAUAUUUCCUACGAGGUCAACUGUAUUUUGAAGAGGGAUGGUAUGAAGAAGCAUUAGAACAGUUUGAAGAAAUCAAGGAAAAGGAUCAUCAGGCAACUUACCAGCUAGGAGUGAUGUAUUAUGAUGGCCUGGGGAUGACUGCAGACGCUGAAAAAGGAGUGGAAUAUAUGAAGAAAAUUGUUGAUUCUCCGUGUCCCAAAGCAAGACACUUACAAUUUGCAGCAGCUUACAACCUUGGAAGAGCUUAUUAUGAAGGAAAAGGCGUUAAACAAUCAGACGAGGAAGCUGAAAGACUGUGGCUUUUUGCUGCAGACAAUGGAAAUCCAAAAGCUAGUGUGAAGGCUCAAAGUAUCCUAGGAUUGUAUUACUCAACAAAGGAACCCAGAGAGUUAGAGAAGGCAUUUUAUCGGCAUUCAGAAGCUCGUGGCAGUGGAAACCUGGGAUCCCAGGGUGCACUUGGGCUCACGUACGUUUAUGGACAAGGCAUCCGCCAGGGUACCGAGGCUGCCCUGCAUCGCUUGAGGGAAGCAGCAGAGCGUGGAAAUGUCUGCGCUCAAGGGAAUCUCGUGGGGUAUUACUAUAAGAUGAAGUUUUUCACAAAGUGUGUUGCAUUUUCCAAAAGGAUUGCUGACUACAAUGAGAUUCAUGACAUCCCCAUGAUAGCCCAGGUCACGGACUGUCUCCCAGAAUUCAUCAGCAGAGGCAUGGCCAUGGCCUCUUUCUACCACGCACGGUGUCUGCAGCUUGGCUUGGGUAUCACAAAGGAUGAAGCAACAGCUAAACACUAUUAUUCUAAAGCAUGUCGUCUGAAUCCUUCAUUGGCAGAUGAACUUCACACUUUACUUAUUCGUCAAAGAAUUUAGACUACAAUGUAUUUCAACAAAGUUCAUCGAUUCUAACACCUUAGGAUCACUUAUGUUUCAUAUCAAGAACCUGGCAUAUCAGGAACUCAGCAGGGUCAGAACCCAGGCCUCACCUGGAAUGUUUUCAAGCAGC